AUGGUGGAUUGCAGCUACUUACCUGACACUGGACACCAGGCAUCUUCCACUUUGGCCAAAUUAUACCAAUUGUUUGCUGACUUUUGGUCCAAGCUCCAGAGAAGGCAACAUCCUCCGAUAACCAAUGGGCUGGCUCGCACUCUGGCUGCACUUCAGAUACCGGGGACCCCUCCCAGGCUCCCAGGGAGGAGAACCCAUGCAGGGCCAAAGGUUUAUGCACCUCCAAGGAGUCUGAUGCGCUCCCAAAGAAGAAACACUGCUAGAACAAUGCGAGCCCCUGUCUCCAAGCCACGCAAGAACCUGCAAGGAUCGCAGCAGGUCUCCCUGACGACCAUUAAGAGAUCUGGGGGCUGCCGUGCACGAUCCCGGAGAGAGGUACCUAGCGCAGGAAUGGCGCCACAGCACCUUCUAAUCUGA